UGUUUCUCCAUUGUUGUCCGGACGAGUUAAGACGUCGCACCAGUGUGUCCAGUUUGCCAUUGGGUUGACCAGUAACUCCGGACACGGGCUGCCAUGGGGCUUCAUGUAACGUCAGUGGGCAUUUUAUUCUCUGUCUGUGGAUGACUGGCAGUUUUUACCCGGUGAAGUUUCCUCAGGCUUUGAACAGCAGAUUACAAGAUUAUUACACCAUCUCAAGGUCAUGCCUGGUCAGACAUGGACCGGAUUACUUUUCAACAUGACACGGUGCUUUCAGAGAUUCACUUGCUGCUGCCUAAUGCACGGCACCUUAUGGCACGGCUCAACCGCGUAGGACAGCCUGUCUUCAUCUCCAAAUUCAGAAUCUUGUGGGAUGGUGAGAGCAAAGAUGACGACAGUGCGGCGAAGGGUGUAGAGGAGAAGGAAGUCCGGAGUGGAGGUGAUGAGAACGAGACGAAGGCCAAUGAAAAAGCAACAGGACAGGAAGAUGUGGAUCCAGUCCUGGAUGAGGAUGGAGACCUUAUGGUGACACGUCGACCAAGGAAGAGUAUCCCUGAGGCCAGCGACCGCGACAAAGUUUGUCCCGUCAUCCUCAGCCAGUCCUCCACUGUACUGCAAGAAGAUGAAGAGGAGGAGGAGGAGGGCCAGAAUGAACACAGGCAGUGCUGCAAAGACAUUAUAACUAUUGAGCACACCAUGGCCACACCCUUGGAGGAUGUUGGAAAACAGGUAUGGCGAGGGGCAUUCCUGCUAGCCGACUUCAUCCUCUCUCAUCCAGUCAAGUUCAGAGGAGCAACAGUCCUGGAGCUGGGAGGAGGAACAGGCCUGACCAGCAUUGCCAUAGCAACCGUAGCCAAAACAGUUUACUGCACAGAUAUUGGGGAGGACCUUCUCUGUAUGUGCCAGAGAAACAUCACAUUAAAUCAAAAUCUUCUGGAGCCUGCAGGUGGUGAGGUGAGAGUGAGACAGUUGGACUGGCUCCAGCAUGACCUCUGUACAGAUGCUGAUGUGGAAUUUAGCUGGACGGAGGAGGAAGUGGCAGAUCUGUAUGACAACACCAGUGUCAUCAUUGCUGCUGACGUUUGCUAUGAUGAUGAUCUGACAGAUGGGUUUUUCCGCACUCUGUAUCAUCUGUGCUGUAACUUCUCUCAGCCUUGUGUCACCUACCUCUCCAUAGAGAAAAGGAUGAACUUCACGCUGCGACACAUGAAUGUUUCCUGUGAGGCCUACAACUACUUCUGCCGCUGUCUGUCCCAGCUACAGGACCUGACAGACGGACGCUGCACCUUCAGGGUGGAGCAGGUCCCUACCACCUUCCCACAGUCCCUCCAGUAUGAACGCAUAGAGCAGCUGGAGCUGUGGAAAGUGACUGCAACACCUAGCCAGUUCAACCAAGUGGGAUCGGAUUCUGAACUGUUCCCAUCCUGAGCUGGGCUUUAACACAUCUGCAGAGAUACGUAGUCAGCAGUAUGGUACACCCUGCACCACUCGCUCUGUGGUCCACCUAAUGAAGGGAAAUCAAGGAGGCAAGAGUUGAGCAGUAUCUCACUCAUAGUCCUGAUUCUGACCAGCCAUCACAUUAAUUUCUGUGUUGUAAUAGAAGGUUCAUAGUUGUGAUGGUACAAGUGUCAUGUUACUUAGUAUUACAGCAGCACUCGUAGGAGUACACUAGUUUUUGAUGAUUAAGUUUGAAGUGGUUGAGGUACAUAAGGAGACAAAGUAUUUUUUGCUACUCUAUACAGUAUUUUAAUGCAAAGAUGUGAAAUAUACAUUUAUUAUUAACAAAGUCUGUGACAUAGAAAGUGUGUUAUAGAAAGGGUUCUUGCCUCAUUGGAUUUUCUGUAUUUUUGUAUUUUUCACAUGGAAUUAAAAAGAGUGGAUGUAGAGAUAUAAACUCUAGGGAGUGAGGAAAAAAAUGACUUUAGUUUGGUGCUUGUUUCUUCUUUGGUGUGCUAGGAUAUGUAAAGGCAUUUGCCGCUAAGGUAAUCCAAAUAAAGAGACAACUAGACGUAACUGUUAAAAUAUUUUGGUUAACAGUCAGACAUGGAUGUUCAGCCCAGAUUAAAUCAGACAGACUUGACCUUCUGUAGUUUGCAUACUGAACCUAGACAUGCAUUUCAUCCUCCAGCACCUCGACUGCCACAGCACCUAUCCAAGGAUUUUGUUUGCUGACUUUAGCCCUGCAUUCAACACCACUGUGCCAGAGCUACAUGUCAAACUCUCCUGGCUAUUGACUUUUUUUUGAUAAAAAUGUGCAUCAUCUUUCUUCAUGCUUCAUGUUCUUCAUGUUUUUUACAUGUUUUGAAAAAAAUGUAGAAAACUGAUACUGUCAACAUUCAAAAUACAACCACAAAAAUGACUUUCAAUAGCUUUAUAUUGCAAAAAGUAACAUGUACAGGCCAAAAUUGAUCAAACUUCCAUAUUUCGGUGAAACGUUCUUAAACCUAUACACAGUACAGCUGAUUUUAAAUAUAUCCCUUCCUGAGAUCAGCUGGUUGAUUGAUGAGUGAAAAUGCACUUCCAAACGUACCUAGUCAGUGAUCACUGGGUGUACUGUUGGCUCAGUGGUCUAACACGUGUGCCAUGUAAACAUGAUGUUUUUGGCUUAAACCUGCCCUGGGACCUUUCUCAUACCCCCCUCUUCCCCUCUCUCUCUCCAUCCAUUUUCUUUGGAAGAUGAUGAUGGAUAGACUAUGAAUAUGAGUUUUAAGAGUUUAUUUUGGCAUACCGUUAUUAAUGUUUAUUGCUUGUGGAAAGUUUGUUUUUUUACUCAAGGAUCUUUCAAGGAUCUACUUCCAACAAUAUUGUGUUAUAGGUAUAUUGCAUAAAUGGGAAUGAGAAUCCAGGAUUCACCUAAAUUGGCUGUAGCAUAAUUGUUGCAGGAAAUGAAAAAAUUGCUAUCGGAGCCAUAGACAAUUCUGUGUUGAUAAAUGCUUUGACCAAUGAAAAGAAAUGAAAAAUAAUUAUCCUAAUAACUAACCCCCUUAGUGAUUUAAUUCUGCCAAUGUGUGGAAUUUUGAAAUAGAAAUUUUGCAGGAAGCUCUAGAGAAAGGGAAUGGAAAUGCUAUGAGGUUUUUUUUUUUUUUUUCUUUUAGAUGCAGUGCAGUUUCAUCUGUGAUUGAUUUAUUUAUUCUGUUUUAUUAUUUUAUUCCAAGGACUUGAGUGAUCAUGAUUUAAUGCGCUGUGUUUAUUGGGAAAAAAAAAAAGAGAAAAAAGAAUAGGAUUUUAUUCGGAUAGGAUAGGGUUUACAGAUGAUAAUAUGAACUAAGCUGCUGUUUUGCACAAACUUGUACUACAUCUGCUAAAUAAAAUCUUAAUUUACACAAAAGA